UCUCUUUCUCGCUCUCUGAAUUACAAGCCCAGUUCGCUCCAAGAAACUCAAAAAUGGCGGAUGAAAAAAGUGACGCACCUGAUGCUGUACACACCAAUAACACUCUGGGGAAUCUCACUGCUAAUGAGAUUGUCGCUGAAAAAGAAGCUGAUGCCGGAAAAUCGGUAGUCAAAGAGAAGAGCACUCAAGAUCAUAACAAUAAGACUGUCGCUGAGAAAGAAGCCGAUGCCGGAAAAGCGGUAAUCGAAGAGAAGAACACUCAAGAUCAUAACAAUGAGAUUGUGGCUGAUGCUGGAAAAUCUGAAGUCGAAGCUGACCAAGAAAGUGACGACUCCUACUAUGGUCAUAUUGAUGUAUAUGAUUUUUUUGUUGAUGAGGUGCCAGAAAUAGAGAGUUCCAAUAUUAAUGUGGAAACAGUGCUUCGUAAGAACUUAAGGCAUUCGGAUCUCAAACGUAUGGAGGGAUUGAGGCUACUUCGGAAAUACUUAGAUAAACUGAAAACUCCUCUUCAAGCACCUGCUGAUAUAACACUAACUGAUCAAAGUGGUGAAGAGAAGAAGGAGUGGAAGAUGUCAGUUGUGAAAACAAAUUUGGGGUUAUAUCUUAGAGAAGGUUGGUUUGAGUACGCGGCCAAACACGAGUUGGAAAUUGGGGAUACAGUUAUUAUUGAAGCACUGAAUGUUCCUGAGAUCAAGUACGAAAUCAGAUUUGAUAAGAAUGUUAAAAGGCCCAAGAAACCGAACAAGGCAAAAACAGAGGUAUAGGCAUUCUGAAAAUGGAGAGGUUUUCAUAGUAUAGCCAGUAAUAAUACUUUCAUCAUUCAUUACUGCACUGUAUUGUAUAGUCAGCAAUAAUACUUCCAUCCUUAGUAUUAGAAUUAGUACAUUCAUAAACAGAAGGGAUGGUUUGAUGUGUAGUUGGUAUAUC